AAAAAAAAUCUAUAUUUUUCCAUUCAUUUCUUAGAUUCCACUAAGAACACGGAGCCAUGCUGACACGCCGAGAAGUGAUUAUUGAAAAACCCUUCCGAGAUCGACGGUAUAAGGACCACAGAAGGAAGGUGCGAAGCGCGCUGCCCCGCAUUGAUGCUGGUCCCCCACCGGAAUACCCCCACCUGGUCCUGAAACUGAAGAAAUUGCGGAUGGAAACAGACCGGCAGGGGAAAAUAUGCCAGGACAACAUCAAAUUGGUGCACCGGAUGGCCAUUAUCAUGAGGACGAAACGUCUUGAUAACAUAAACACUGCUCCGCGAGGUCCUUUUGAGCCAAGGAGGUUACCGCGACGACGGCCACCGCCUCCUCCGAGGUCAGCCUCAGAUGACCAAGAGGAAAGCAGCUGGGAUCAUUCGAGGUCAUUUUUAGAACAAGUCACGGCCGAGGUAGACAGGCACCUCCGUCCGCUUCCACCUGGCAAAAUGAUUCCGCAUAGAGCUCCUGCAGGAUUAUGUCGCGUCCCCCGGGUAGGACCUCCUCCUUCACCCAGUAGUCCUAAGCCACGGCGCAAGAUGGGUGUUCCUUCCAUAUCGCUCACAGGGACCAGACUAAGAGGGAGUCCUUCCCCCGAAGCCACGGAGCGCUCCUCGGGGAGAUUCCGCCGAGGUCGAGAACCCACCCGCCUCUCACCCCUGCCCCGAAGAGGGCGUAGACCAAGCAUCUCAUCGCCGAUAUUCGACGAGAAUUCGAGCUCCGCGGCGGACGACGGAGACACCGAAGAAGAGGAAGAAGAAGAUGACGAAGAGAAGACAAAUGGCGAUGACAGCGACAAAGAAGGUGGCGCGCAAAGUGACAGGAGUGUGGGCAGCGCUGGCAGCCGGAAAUCCGGCGGGCAGGAAGAGGCGGGAGGGGAGGAAGCAACGGACAGCGACGACCACGUUUCGUCCAUCUUACUGCAGCAGAAUCCCAACAUCACUAUCGAUGAGGCCAGCGAAGACGAUUGUGGGCAAUAGUGAUUCUAGUGACAAACUGACAUAUAUAGGUAGUAAUGUUUGGACUUCAUUCGUGACGGGAUGGCUGUCGCGAUUUUAUUUAUUUAUAUUUAUUUAUUUUUCUAUAGAUCGUGAUGUGGUGCCACUCUAAAUCUCUUAAAGAAUUGCUGAAAACUGUUCUCAUUUCGUGUCUGUAAGAGGUAAUGCAUAGGUUAAUAUUUUAUGUAAAUUGUGGUGUUAGUACCAGUGACGUGAAAUGUGUUAGUUGUUAGCUCUAUAGAAUAUCAGUCCAGCUCACAAUAUAACGCUAAAUAAGCCUAUAACUAAUAUUACCGAUGCUUAUACGGAGCCAUCUGUCAUAGCAGGCAAUGAUGGAUUUGCAUUUAAAGAACUCUGAUCAGUGUGCCAUUAAUAGUACUAUUAGACGUUUGUGUAAUCUCACUUUAGAAAAAGAGAUCAGUGGUUCAAAUGAACACACUGGCCUCUGGUUUGUUUUAGUUUCGUUUCUCUCCCUUUUCUACAGUCUUUACUAUAGGUCUAAAAAAAAUGAGUUUGCUGGGUCUUCCUUUGAUUACUGUUCUAGAGAGAUUUUUUUUUUAUUUUUUUUUAUCAGCAAUGCAUUAGACCCAUUAGGCUCUAUUCCCUUAUAUAUAGACCUUGAAAUGUCAUCAAUGAUCUGUAACUAUUUCUGAGUUUUAUGAUCUCCAAAUGUAUCAAACCCAAGGGAGCAAUCACACCGAUACAAGCUGCAACCCCUGUCGUCCCUUUUACUGUACCCCCUUUCAUAUUCUCUUUCAUCAACUUUACUUUCCGCUCUCUCCUAACAACUGAUUCACAUUGCAACUGCUUUGAGGUUUUCCUCCUGUUACAUCUUUCAAAGCCUUUUACUGUCAAUUUCUGUUUCAGCGCUGAAUGACCCCAUAGGUCCCAAUUCACUGAAGCAUUAGGCAAUUGGAUAAGGCACAUGAAAAUAUGAAAUAGGUGAAAACUGCAGUUACUUCGCCAACACCAUGUUUGUUAAUUUCCGUGUGUGAAGUCGUUGUUGUGGAACAAAAACGCACAAAAUAUUCAGGUUAAGACAUAGUGGCCAAUGUUGAUUACUAUAGAUUUGAUUUUGUUUUAGAAUGUGGAA